AUGUCUCUCCCAAACCUCCCACUCUUUCUCUCUCUCUUCCUCCUCCUUCCUCUCUUCAUCACUUCCACUCAUGCAGCCACCUUCGAGAUCCGAAACCAAUGCCCAUACACCGUCUGGGCCGCUGCAGUCCCAGGUGGCGGCCAACAGCUAGCCCAGGGUCAGUCAUGGACCAUCACAGCAAACCCAGGCACGACCCAGGCUCGCAUCUGGGGCCGAACCGGGUGCACCUUCGAUGGCAACGGUCGGGGCCGUUGCCAGACAGGCGACUGCGGCGGACUCCUCCGCUGCCAGGGUUUCGGCCAGCCGCCCAACACUCUCGCCGAGUACGCUCUCCGGCAAUUCAACAACCUGGAUUUCUUCGACAUAUCACUCGUUGAUGGCUUCAACAUCCCUAUGGACUUUAGCCCUGUAUCUGGCGGUUGCACACGUGGCAUAAGAUGUGCGGCUGAUAUCAACGGUCAGUGUCCGGCCCAGCUGCGGGCCCCAGGCGGGUGUAACAACCCAUGUACGGUUUUUAAGACAGAUCAGUACUGUUGCAAUAGUGGGCCAUGUGGGCCCACUGACUACUCUAGGUUCUUUAAGACCCGUUGCCCAGAUGCAUAUAGCUAUCCUAAGGACGAUCAGACCAGCACGUUUACUUGCCCAUCUGGUGCUAACUAUAGGGUUGUGUUUUGCCCAUGAAAGAUCUCAAUCUUAUGAGAGUGGACGAUUAUAUCAUGUAUGUCUAAAAUAAGAUGUUUUGAAAUCCUCUUUUGGGUUUCUCCAAAGACAAAUAA